GCCGGGGCCAAUGGGAGGGUAGGGGCGGGGCUGAGUGGGAGGGUCUAAGCCACGGGGGGGCGUGACUUCGGAGCCCGCGCCAUGGCGGAGCCGGUUGGCCCUGCCCCACCCCCCAUCUACGUGGGGGGCAGCAGUAGCAGUGACAGCGAGGAGGAGCUCGUGAGACCCCCGAGGGGGGCAGUGGGGCAGCCGCGCUCCAAGCGCCGGCGUGUUCUGUGCAGCACCGAGAUCCCCGCUGUGCCUGUCUACUCGAACAAGGUGAACAGCAGCUUCCAGCUGUGCCCCGCGGAGCUGCACCAAGAGGUGCCCACCCUGCAGUGGCAGGGAGGGGCAGAUCUGGACGUGGAUGAGAUUGGCCCUGUCACGCCCCCCCGGCCGGAGCGGCCUCACGCCCCACGCCUCCCCCAGAGCCCCUGCACUGACUGGCUGGAGGAGGAGCCGCAGCAGCAGGGGGCAGUGAGAACGGUCCGGGAUGAGUCCCCUUCUCCCCCACCACAGCCCACACGCAGACAGAGGGGCCGGACCCGCCGGGAGGUGGCGCGCCAGCUGCGGGGUCUCCGCACGUGGCUUUCGGCCGCCCAGCGCAGCCUGCGGGAGGAGCCGCCUGAGGACGACGUGAUCCUGGUGGAGCCGCCCCCAGCCCCCGCGCCCCGGCAGCUGCAGCUCAAGGUGCGGUGCCGGGCCGAGAUCCACCGUGUCGCCGUGGAGAUGUCACAGCCCCUGCAUGCGGUGGUGGAGCACAUGGCCGGGAGGCUGCAGGUCCGGCCAGAGCAGAUCCUGCUGCUGCUGCGAGACGUAGAACUGCCCCCCAGCAGCACCUCCCAGGGCCUGGGCCUGGGCGUGGCCGACAUCCUCGAUUGUGUGGUGGACAUGGCAGCCAGGGAGCCGCAGGGUGGGGUGGAACCGGGGGCCGGGCCAGGCCCUGGGGAACUACGGCUGACCGUGCGAGGCCAGGAGAAGGACUCUCAGCUCACACUCAACGUGCCCAGGGGAGAGCCGCUGCACCGACUGAUGGAGCGCUACCAGGAGGCCAUGGGGCUGGGCGGCCGUCAACUCCGCUUCUUCUUCGAUGGGCAGCGCCUGGCAGGGACCCGCACGCCCGAGCAGCUGGGCAUGGAGCCCGACGACGUCAUCGAGGCCUGGGCCUAGCCCCCCUGGGGUGCUCCCUGACCCCCUCCUCCACAGCUGGGCACAGAACCGGCUGCUGCUGUCCCUGAGCCCGGGGAAUCCCCCUUCCUAGCACCCUGCAGCAGCUGGGCAUGGCCCUGCCCCCCGAGGAACCCCCCUGCACCUGGGCAUGGCCCGGAGCCUGCCCAUCAUGUCAUCAAGGCCUAGGCCUAGACCCAGACCGAGCCCCACCCCCGGCGGCCCAUUCUGUAAAUAGGGGACUUUAGGGGCAUUUAUCCCCCCUGGCACAGGGGAUGGGGGGGGGAAUUGCUUUUAUGAAAUAAAUAAAUGAACCCAGCCCUUG